AUGAGCCCAAGGUGGCCGCCUAUUGCACGGUUCGCGGAGCCUCUCGCGUUGACAUCAGUCUUUCCCUACCUCCCAGAGAUGAUUAGGAGUUUCGGCGUUGCACAAAACGAUGUCGCAAAAUGGGCCGGUUACACGUCCGCCGUCUUCUCCCUUUCUCAGAGCGUGACCGCCGUUGCGUGGGGACGAGCCUCCGACCGGGUCGGGAGGAAACCGACCAUCAUUGUCGGUCUUAUCUCGACCAUGGUGUUCUUCGUCGUCUGGGGUAUGUCCACCAGCCUACCGAUGGCCAUCGUCGUGCGAGCCAUCCUGGGCAGCGGAAACGGAAACGUUGGAAUCAUCAGGACCAUGGUUGCUGAAAUGGUCCCCGAGAAGGAAUUGCAACCCCGGGCGUUCUCCAUCAUGCCCCUGAUCUGGUCCGUCGGCUCCAUCUUCGGCCCAGCCUUUGGCGGUUUCUUCGCCAACCCCGCCCGCCGUUUCCCCUCGGUGUUUGGCGACAGCUGGUUCUUCAACGCGUACCCGUUCGCUCUGCCCAACUUCAUCGCCGCCGUCUUCUUCCUCAUCUCCGUCGCCACCGCCACCCUCUUCCUGAAGGAGACGCUCGAAAGCAAGCGUCACAAGCCCGACUGGGGCCUCGUCCUCGGCCAUCGCCUCACCCGGCCCUUCCGCCGCUCCCGCCCUCCCACCUACCACCGUCCCAACGUCCGACGCACCUCCUUUGUCGACGGCGAGGCCACCGCGCCCUUGGUCCCCACCAAGGUGAACUCCCACACCAAGGACCCCAAGCAGCCCACGGAGGCGCCGAGCAUGAAGGAGGUCUUCACCGCGCAGACGAGCAUCAACCUGCUCUGCUACACCUUCCUCGCCCUGCACUCCGUGGCCUUUGACCAGAUCCUUCCGGUCUUCCUCAACUAUCCCGUGCAGGCCCACACGCCCGACAACACCCACCUGCCUUUCCAGUUCUCCGGCGGCUUCGGUCUCAGCUCGGACCGCAUUGGCACCAUCUUCACCAUCUACGGCAUCACCUGCGGCGUAAUCCAGUUUUUUGUUUUCCCUCCUCUGUGCAAUCACUUUGGUGUCCUGCGCUGCUUCCGCGCUUGCGCCAUCACCUUCCCCGUCGUCUACAUGCUCACCCCCUACGUGGUCCUCUUCGAGAGCAGCACCGGCCGCUACGCCGCUCUCAUGGCCGUCAUGUUCGUCAAGGCCUUCGCCGUCAUCGUCGGCUUCCCCUGCAUGACGAUCCUGCUCACCAACUCGGCCUCGUCGCUGCGCAUCCUCGGCACCCUCAACGGCUUCGCCACCAUGUUCAGCGGCUUCGGCCGCGCCUUCGGGCCCGCGACCGCCGGCGCCGCCUUCAGCUGGGGCGUCGCCCGGGGCUACAUCAUCGUCGCGUACUGGUUCCUCGCGCUGACGGCGCUGCUCGGCGCCAUCCCCAUCUACAUGCUCUUCGACUACGACGCUCUGACGCAGACGCCCGACGCGAGCGAUGACGACGAGGCGGAGGAGGACGAGAGCGUCAGCGACGAGGGAUACGCCAGCGAGGGCAGCGGUGUCGUCGCCUCCGGCAGCGGCCAGGCCGCGCCGACGGAGACGGCGCCACUGCUGGGCGCGAAGAACGGGCCGGAGGGGUACGACGCCGUCAGCCCUUCCCGUUCGUAG